CUCAGGAGUUGUCAAUUGUACUUCCUGGUUCCACUGCCGUCUUCAGGUGCCAACUAUGUCAACAUGAACACUACGUUGACAGAGAGGCACUUUCUCUACCUUACUCUGCCUCAUUGGACCGACGCACAGCUCCUUCUGCACUUACUUUAGGAGAAUUUAAUGUAAAGCUACAACACAGUUCAAAUGUAUCAUUUGUUCAUACGCACAUCAAAUCUUUUUUUCGAAUGAGGUUAGUGGCUCCGUAGCGCACGUUCUCCUGGCCAGGAAGAGCAGCGCACGGAGCUCCAAGGAGUUCGGCUCUCGGUGAAGAGAAAGGGACAGUUCGGGAGAAAGUUAGUUUUUUCAGUUGCUUUUGGAAACAGGAAAAGGAACCAAAGAUGUCAGAUUCAAUGUCCAGCUUUCUGCACAUCGGGGAUAUAGUUUCCCUGUAUGCCGAGGGCUCUGUCAACGGCUUCAUCAGUACUCUGGGGCUGGUGGACGACCGAUGCGUGGUGGAGCCUGCAGCUGGGGACCUGGACAACCCUCCCAAGAAGUUCAGAGAUUGUCUGUUCAAGGUGUGCCCUAUGAACCGCUACUCUGCCCAGAAGCAGUUCUGGAAGGCCAAGCAGGCCAAACAUGAGAAGGACAAGAUAGCUGAUGUGGUGUUGCUACAGAAACUCCAGCAUGCCUCUAACCUGGAGCAGAAGCAGAACGAGACUGAGAAUAAGAAGGUCCAUGGAGACGUUGUCAAGUACGGCAUGGUCAUGCAGUUGCUGCACAUGAAGAGUAACAAGUACCUGACGGUGAACAAGCGGCUGCCGGCGCUGCUGGAGAAGAACGCCAUGCGGGUCACGCUGGACGGCACGGGGAACGAGGGCUCCUGGGUCUUCAUCCAGCCCUUCUGGAAGCUCCGUGCCAACGGAGACAAUGUGGUGGUGGGGGACAAGGUGGUGCUGAACCCUGUGAACGCAGGCCAGCCUCUCCACGCUAGCAGCUACGAGCUGUCAGACCACCCUGGCUGCAAGGAGGUGAACUCUGUCAAUGGAAACACCAGUUGGAAGAUCAACCUGUUCAUGAUGUUCAGUGACCACAAAGAUGAACUUCUAAAGGGAGGGGACGUGGUGAGGCUGUUCCAUGCAGAGCAGGAGAAGUUCCUGACGUGUGAUGAGUAUAAGACCAAGCUGCAUGUGUUCCUGCGCACCACGCUGCGCCAGUCCGCCACCUCCGCCACCAGCUCCAACGCACUCUGGGAGAUCGAGGUUGUUCAUCAUGACCCCUGUCGAGGAGGGGCGGGACAUUGGAAUAGUCUGUACCGUUUCAAACACCUGGCCACCGGACAUUACCUAGCUGCUGAGGAGAACCCAGGCUAUAAAGGAGACGAAACUGAGAUCCCUGCAACUAUUGACAGUAGCCGUGCCAACAAGCGCAGUCUGGGGGAGAGGAUCAAGUACAAGUUGGUUGCCGUGCCUCACGGGAGCGACAUUGCCUCUCUGUUUGAGCUGGACCCCACCACCCUGCAGAAGACUGACUCCUCCGUACCCCGUAACUCAUACGUGCGUCUGAGACACCUGUGCACCAACACCUGGAUCCAGAGCACCAACGUUCCCAUCGACAUAGAUGAAGAGAGACCCAUACGACUCAUGCUGGGCACCUGCCCCACCAAAGAGGACAAGGAGGCGUUUGCCAUCGUGUCUGUGCCCGUCAUGGAGAUCCGAGACCUGGACUUUGCCAACGACGCCAGCUUCAUGCUGGGCACCGUGGUCGACCGCUUCAACGAGGGCUUCAUCAGCCCCAACGACCGCCGGUUUGCCAUCAAGCUGCUGGAAGACCUGGUGUUCUUCGUGGUGGACCAGACCAGCAGUGGGCAGCCUGUCUUAGAGGUGGUGAUGACCAAAGCCAACAGAGAGAGACAGAAACUCAUGAGGGAACAGAACAUCCUCAAACAGGUGUUUGGAAUCAUCAAGGCUCCUUUCAAGGAUAAAGGGGGGGAGGGCCCUCUGCUGCGAUUGGAGGAGCUGAGUGACCAGAAGAACGCCCCCUACCAGUACAUGUUCCGUCUGUGCUACCGGGUCCUCCGACACUCCCAGGAGGACUACCGCAAAAACCAGGAGCACAUAGCUAAGCAGUUUGGGGUGAUGCAGAGCCAGAUUGGGUAUGACAUCCUGGCCGAGGACACCAUCACUGCUCUCCUGCACAACAACCGCAAGCUGCUGGAGAAGCACAUCACCAAGACUGAGGUGGAGACCUUCGUCAGCCUGGUUCGCAAGAACAGGGAGCCCAGGUUCCUGGACUACCUUUCAGACCUGUGCGUGUCCAACAACGUGGCCAUCCCAGUCACUCAGGAGCUGAUCUGUAAGUGUGUGCUGGACCCCCGGAACCAGGACAUCCUCAUUAAGACUGAGCGGCGUGUCCCUAAGGACCUGUCUCAUGGUGGAGGAGAGUACCUGGUGCUGGAUGAGUUCUCGGAGGACGACGAGGUGUGGCUGGUGUGGACCGACAAGACCAACGAGCGUCAGGAGAAGAGCAUCAGACAGCUGGCACAGGAGGCGCGCCAGGGAAACGCCCACGACGAGAACGUCCUCACCUACUACAGGUACCAGUUGAAGCUCUAUGCCAGGAUGUGUCUGGACCGGCAGUACCUGGCCAUCGAUGAGAUCUCCAAGCAGCUGGACGUGGAGCUCAUCUUCCUGUGCAUGAUGGACGAGACGCUGCCCUUUGACCUCCGCGCCUCCUUCUGCCGCCUCAUGCUGCACGCGCACGUGGACCGCGACCCCCAGGAGCUCGUCACCCCGGUCAAGUUCGCCCGCCUGUGGGCCGAGAUCCCCACCUCCAUCACCAUCAAAGAUUACGACUCGAACAUGGACGACUCUCGGGACAACAAGAAGAACAAGUUUGCCAACACAAUGGUCUUCAUGGAGGAGUACCUCAACAACGUCCUCAACGACGAGCUGCCCUUCCACGACCAGGAGAAGAACAAGCUCACCUUCGAGGUGGUGAGUCUGGCCAGACACCUCAUCUAUUUUGGCUUCUACAGCUUCUUUGAGCUGCUGCGCCUCACCAGGACCCUGCUGGGCAUCAUCGACUGUGUCCCCAGCCCCGGACUCACCGGGGGAGCCAUGUUCCCCGACGAGGCUGGAGUAAAGAACAUGAAGCGCUCCAUCCAUGGCAUGGGUCAGAUCAUGUCCACCAUGGUCUUAAGCAGGAAGCAGUCCAUGUUUGGAGUGGGCCAAGCCCUAGCGGGUCUGGAGGGGGGGUUGCGCACCAAGGACAGCAUCGACAAGAUGGAUGUCACCGUCAUGGACACCAAGCUCAAGAUUCUCGAGAUCCUGCAGUUCAUCUUGAACGUCAGACUGGACUACCGCCUCUCCUUCCUGCUCUCCGUCUUCAAGAAGGAGUUUGUGGAUGUCUACCCCAUGUCCGACGCAGACGCCACCACUGCCAUGGAGCAAGCAGCCUCCAUCAACCUCCAGCAGAUCGGGGAGCAAGCGGAGGCCAUGUUUGGCGUAGGGAAGGGCAACAGCAUCCUGGAGGUGGACGACGAGGGCGGCAGGAUGUUCCUGAGGGUGUUGAUCCACCUGACCAUGCACGACUACCCUCCCCUGGUGUCUGGAGCGCUGCAGCUGCUCUUCAAACACUUCAGCCAGAGGCAGGAGGUCCUACACACCUUCAAACAGGUGCAGCUGCUGAUCUCGGCCCAGGACGUGGACAGCUACAAGCUGAUCAAGAGCAACCUGGACCUCCUGAGGACCAUGGUGGAGAAGUCUGAGCUGUGGGUGGAGAAGAAGAACAGCUCGGGGGGAGGGGACGGCAAGAAGGACAAGGUAGAGACGGCGUCAGAGGACUCGACCCCCAAGAAGGAUAAGAGUAACGAGAACUACCAGAAGGUCAAAGAGAUCCUGGAACGCCUAAAUAAGAUGUGUAGUUCCGGGGUGUGGAAGAAGCAGCAGAGGCUGCUGAAGAACAUGGGGGCUCACAAGGUCAUGCUGGACCUGCUGCAGGUCUCCUACGAUAAGAACGACAGCAAGAUGCUGGAGAUCAUCAAGUACACCCACCUGUUCCUGCAGAAGUUCUGCAAGGGGAACCAGGAGAACCAGGCGCUGCUCCACAAGAACCUCAACCUCUUCCUCAACCCAGGGCUCUUAGAGGCGGAGACGGUCCAGCAGAUCUUCGAGAACAACUACCAGCUGUGUACGGAGAUCAGCGAGGUGGUGCUGCAGCACUUCAUCCACUGCCUGGCCACGCACGGCCGCCACGUGCAGUACCUCAACUUCCUGCACACCAUCAUCAAGGCCGAGGGCAAGUACGUGAAGAAGUGUCAGGACAUGAUCAUGACUGAGUUGACCAACGCAGGGGAGGACGUGGUGGUGUUCUACAAUGACAAGGCGUCAUUUGCCACCAUGUUGGAUCUGAUGGCCGAGGCCCGGGAGGGCGUGGGGGAGAGCAGCCCUCUGAGGUACCACAUCUCCCUGGUGGAGCUGCUGGCUGCCUGCGCAGAGGGCAAGAACGUCUACACCGAGAUCAAGUGCACCUCUCUGCUGCCCCUAGAGGACGUGGUCAGGGUGGUCACCCACGAGGACUGCAUCACAGAGGUGAAGGUGGCUUAUGUGAACUUUGUGAACCACUGCUAUGUCGACACUGAGGUGGAGAUGAAGGAGAUCUACACCAGCAACCACAUCUGGAAUCUGUUUGAGGACUUCACUGUGGACAUGGCCCGGGUGUGUAGCAAACGUGAGAAGCGUCUGACAGACCCCAUCCUGGAGAAGUACAUCAUCAACGUGGUCUUCGACACCAUCAACGCCUUCUUCAGCUCGCCCUUCUCUGAGAACAGCACCUCGCUCCAGACCCACCACACCAUCGUCACCCAGCUGCUCCAGUCCAGCAUGCGCCUGCUGGACUGUCCCUGGCUGCAGCAGCAGCACCGCGGCCUGGUGGAGGCCUGCAUACGCACCCUGCACCUGACAGCUAAGAGCCGUUCCAUCUCUCGGCCCCUGGACCUGGAGGCCCAGAUCAGCAGCAUGCUGAGCCUCAGUGCUCUGAACUCCAUGUCCCGCUCCAACCCCAACUACAAGAGCUCCUCCCGCUCCUCCCGCCCUGCCGCGCCCAACAACCCCUGGGACUACAAGAACAUCAUCGAAAAACUACAGGACAUCAUCAACACCCUGGAGGAGCGUCUGAAGCCCCUGGUGGAUGCAGAGCUGUCGGUGCUGGUGGACGUGCUGCACCAACCAGAGCUGCUGUUCCUGGAGGGGACAGAUGCCCGGCAGCGCUGCGAAUCAGGAGGCUUCAUCUCCAAGUUGAUCCAGCACACCAAGGCUCUAAUGAGCUCAGAGGAGAAGCUGUGUAUCAAGGUCCUCAGGACUCUCCAGGAGAUGCUGAUCAGAACCCUGGACUUUGAUGAGAAGGGUAUAGCACUGAGGAGAGUGUUGCUUCAGAACUAUCUGUUCCCCAACAAGAAGAACAGCCCCAAGACUGACCUGGCAGAGCUAGGGGCUGUAGGAUGGGAGCAGGAGAGGGAUUGGGCUGCCGUUGCUGCUGUGCAGUGUCGUCUGGACAGAGAAGGAGGGACUAAGCUGUUCACUGACCUGGUGAUGAGCACCAAGAACGACAAGAUCUUCCAGGAGAGCAUCCAGCUAGCCAUCUGUCUCCUGGAGGGAGGCAACACUGAAAUACAGAACUCCUUCUACAAGCUGAUGAUGGGCGACAACAAGUCGGAGAAGUUCUUCAAGGUUCUGAACGAGCGCAUGAAGGAGGCCCAGCAGGAUAUCAAGGCCACCGUGUCGGUCAACGUGGGGGAGAUGAGCAACAAGGCCAACGAGGGGGGCGCUGAGACAGGGGGCUUACCUAUCCUGAGCACCGGGCCCUCCAUCGCCCCAGUGGUGGUCCCCGCCCUGGCGGCCCCGGAACAGAGGGAGCCCGAGACAGAGAUGGGCCCGGCUGUGUUGAUCAUGAAGCCCAUCCUCCGCUUCCUACAGCUGCUCUGUGAGAAUCACAACCAGGACCUGCAGAACUUCCUGCGCUGCCAGAACAACAAGAACAACUACAACCUGGUGUGUGAGACGCUGCAGUUCCUGGAUAUCAUGUGUGGCAGCACCACCGGGGGGCUGGGCCUGCUGGGGCUCUACAUCAACGAGGGCAACGUGGACCUCAUCACCCAGACCCUGGAGACGCUCACAGAGUACUGCCAGGGGCCCUGCCAGGAGAACCAGACUUGCAUUGUGACCCACGAGUCCAACGGUAUUGACAUCAUCACCGCUCUGAUCCUGAAUGACAUCAGCCCUCUGUGUCGGUACCAGAUGGAGAUGGUGCUGCAGCUCAAGGACAACGCCUCCAAGCUGCUGUUGGCUUUGAUGGAGAGUCGCCACGACAGCGAGAACGCAGAGAGGAUCCUGGUUAAUCUCCGACCCCGGGAGCUGGUGGAGGUGAUUAAGAAGGCGUACCAGCAGGAGAGUGAGUGUGAGGGUGGCGAGGUCUCUCCUCGGGAGGUGGGACACAACAUCUACAUCCUGGGUCUUCAGCUUGCCAGACACAACAAGAAUCUACUGAACUUGUUGAAGCCUCCUAAGAGAACCAAGGAAGAGGGAGAAGAUGGGAUCUCCUCUAUGCUCAACCUAAACAACCGCCCGCUGUCUCAGAUGCUGAAGUCGACGGCUCCGGCUGAGAGCGAGGAUGAGGACCCUCUGGAGUUUUACGACCAGCACACGUCUCAGAUCGAGAUUGUGCGUGACGACCGCAGCAUGGAGCAGAUCGUGUUCCCGGUUCACCCCAUCUGCGAGUUCCUGACGGAGGAGUCCAAGUUUCGGGUGUUCAACACCACGGAGCAGGACGAGCAGGGCAGCAAGGUCACUCACUUCUUCCAGCAGGCCUCCUUCCUGCACAACGAGAUGGAGUGGCAGAAGAAGCUUCGCAGCAUGCCGGUGCUGUACUGGUUCUCCAGGAGGAUGACUCUGUGGGGCUCCAUCUCCUUCAACCUGGCCGUCUUCAUCAACCUCAUCAUCGCCUUCUUCUACCCCUACGACUCUGGGCAAGGAGCGAUAGAUGACUCCAUGCUGUCUAUGCUGUUCUGGGGCUUUGCUGGCCUGUCCAUCAUGGGUCUGUUCUCGCAGCGCUACGGCCUGCGGCCCCUCUCCGUGGCCCUCAUCAUCAGGUCCAUCUACUACUUUGGCAUCGGCCCCACCCUCAUCGUACUGGGCACGCUCAAUCUCAUCAAUAAAAUAGUGUUUGUGGUGAGCUUUGUUGGCAACAACGGCACAUUUAUUAUGGGAUACCGCGCAAUGGUAAUGGACGUGGAGUUCCUGUAUCACCUGGCCUACGUCCUGACCAGCACUCUGGGACUGUGUGUCCACGAGCUCUUCUACAGCAUCCUGUUGUUUGACCUGAUCUACCGGGAGGAGACUCUGUUCAACGUGAUAAAGAGUGUGACCCGUAACGGGCGCUCCAUCCUGCUGACGGCCCUGCUGGCCCUCAUCCUGGUCUACCUCUUCUCCAUCGUGGGCUUCCUCUGCCUCAAGAACGACUUCAUCAUGGAGGUCGACCCCCUCCUGCAGCUAGCAGCAGAUCCUGGCCAAUCAGAGGCGUCCAAGGACUUCCUGUCGUCGUGCACGGCAGACGGAGUCAGUUGCACCUCGGAGGAUGGAGCUGAAGAAGAGCCCACCUCAGAGCGGGCGUGCGACACUCUGCUGAUGUGCAUCGUUACCGUGAUGAACCACGGCCUCCGCAACGGGGGAGGGGUGGGGGACGUCCUGCGGAAGCCCUCCAAAAACGAGCCUUUGUUUGCUGCCCGUGUGAUCUACGACCUGCUGUUCUAUUUCAUUGUCAUCAUCAUUGUCCUCAACCUCAUUUUUGGUGUCAUUAUCGAUACUUUUGCGGAUCUGAGGAGUGAGAAACAGAAGAAGGAAGAGGUCCUCAAAACCACCUGCUUCAUCUGCGGUCUGGAGAGGGACAAGUUUGACAACAAGACGGUGUCAUUUGAGGAGCACAUCAAGCUGGAGCACAACAUCUGGAACUACCUGUACUUUAUCGUGCUGGUCCGGGAGAAGAACAAGACAGACUACACUGGGCCUGAGAGCUACGUGGCCCUCAUGAUCAAGAGUAAGAACCUGGACUGGUUCCCUCGGAUGCAAGCCAUGUCUCUGGUGGUGACGGACCAGGAUGGGGAGCAGAACGAGAUGAGGAACCUGCAGGACAGACUGACGUCCACCAUGAGGGUGGUCCUGCAGCUUACCGGACAGCUCACCGAACUCAAGGAACAGAUGACCGAGCAGAGGAAGAGGAGGCAGAGGUUGGGCUUCGUAGACGUCCAAUCAGGAGGCGGCCCCAACAUGACCCCCAGCGCUGCGGGGGGGAACCAUCAGAUGUACAAACCAUGACCGACAUCAAAACACCCUCCCCCGCACAUCCUGCCUCAUUUACAAAUAAUGACCUCAUUUCCUGUCCCUACAUUUACAGACCAUGACAUCACAUC